AUGGCACAUCGACGCACUCCACCUGAGCUGUCCCAGAGGACAGAGUGCCUGGAACCAGAUAAUGAUUCCGACAGGGACUCUGGUGUUGGGGAUGAUGCAGGAGAGGAUGCUGACAGUUGCCAUGGAAGCACAGUAACUCAAGAGGAGAAAGUCAACAAGCAAGAUGGCAUGGAAGAAAACGGCGGGGUGGGAGAAGAUUUUACAGUUUUUGUUGCCUUUCAAGGGAACAUGGAGGAUGAGGACUUCACACAAAAACUUGAUACUAUCCUCAGUGGGAUACCUAAUAUGCUUGAUAUGGGCUCUGAGAGGCUACAGCCACAGCAUGUGGAGCCGUGGAACAGUGUUCGGGUUACCUUCAACAUUCCUCGGGAUGCUGCUGAGCGACUCAGACUGUUGGCCCAGAACAACCAGCAGCAGCUCAGAGACCUGGGGAUUCUCUCUGUGCAGAUAGAAGGAGAAGGGGCCAUCAAUGUGGCUGUGGGACCAAAUAGGGGACAAGAAGUUAGGGUGAAUGGACCAAUUGGAGCACCUGGCCAGAUGAGAAUGGAUGUCGGCUUUCCAGGUCAGCCUGGUCCAGGAGGAGUAAGGAUGGCUAAUCCGCAGAUGGUUCCCCCUGGGCCUGGCAUGGCAGCUCAGGCCAUGGUACCAGGCAGCAGUGGACAGAUGCACCCUCGUGUUCCGAGACCAUCUUCACAGACAGGUUUAGAUGUGAUGGACCCAAUGAUGCCAGGUAUGCCAGUUCAGCAGCAGCAGCAGCUUCAACACCAACAGGCUGGUCCCCAUGGCGCAGGUCCCAUGCCUCCUCAGGCUGCCCAUCACAUGCAGGCUCUGCAGGCUGGAAGACCACUCAACCCUGCAGCACUGCAACAGCUACAACAGCAGCACCACCAACAGCAACAGGCCCAACAGCAAGCUCAGCUCUCCCAGCUUGGACCUAGACCUCCAUUCAACCCAUCAGGCCAGAUGGCUGUGUCUCCUGGCUGGAACCAGAUGUCCUCUCUCCAGCCACAAGCCACUCAGGGAGGCCCUCCCUGGAGAAAGCCCCUACCCCAAACCCAAAUGGUUCAACGCCCACCCUCCCUUGCUACAGUUCAGACACCCAGCCACCCUCCACCUCCUUACCCCUUUGGCAGCCAACAGGCUGGGCAGGUAUUUAACACCAUGGGACAGGGACAGUUACAACAACAACAGCAGACAGGCAUGGGUCAGUUUGCUGCUCCCCAGCCUAAAGGCCCACAGGGUGGCCCUGGUGUUGUCACAGGACCGCCCAGACCUCCUCCACCCCUUCCACCAACUUCUGGACCGCAGGGCAACCUCACUGCCAAGUCCCCUGGUUCCUCCUCGUCUCCUUUUCAACAGGGUUCACCAGGGACUCCUCCCAUGAUGGCUCAGAGACCGACAACUCCACAGGGUUUUCCCCAGGGUGUUGGUUCACCAGGAAGAGCAGCCCUCGGCCAACAGGGUAACAUGCAACAAGGAUUCAUGGGAAUGCCCCAGCAUGGACAGCCUGGGGCCCAAGUUCACCCAGGCAUGCCAAAGCGUCCCAUGGGCUUUCCAACCCCAAACUUUGUCCAAGGUCAGGUGAGUGCUAGCACUCCAGGAACGCCUGGUGGAGGAGCCCCUCAGCAGCUACAGAGCAGCCAAGCGAUGACUCACACAGGAGCUCAGCCAUCAGCCUCCACACCAAACUCAAUGCAGGGUCCACCCCAUGCCCAAUCCAAUGUUAUGGCUGUACAAAGUAGCAUGGCAGGUCCGCCCCCUGGUACAACUGCUGGGCCUAGUAUGGGCCAGCAACAGCCUGGCCUCCAGACCCAGAUGAUGGGCCUCCAGCAUCAGGCCCAGCCCGUGUCCUCCUCCCCCAGCCAGAUGGUUCAAGGCCAGGGUGGAGGUCAGACUGUCCUCUCAAGGCCCCUCAGUCAAGGGCAGAGAGGAGGAAUGACCCCACCCAAGCAAAUGAUGCCUCAGCAGGGCCAGGGGGUGAUGCAUGGGCAGGGUCAGAUGGUUGGAGGCCAAGGGCACCAGGCCAUGCUCCUACAGCAGCAGCAACAGCAACAAAACUCCAUGAUGGAACAAAUGGUUGCCAACCAGAUGCAAGGCAACAAGCAGGCAUUUGGAGGCAAGAUUCCCGCUGGGGUCAUGACUGGCCAGAUGAUGCGUGGGCCCCCUCCAAACGUUCCAGGUAACAUGGCUCAGUUCCAGGGCCAGGUUGGCCCACAGCAGAUGACUCCACAACAGCAGCAGCAAAUCGCUCAACUCCAGCAACAGCAGUUACAACAGCAGCAACAGCAUCAGCUGCAACAGCAGCAGCUUCAGCAGCAACAGCAACAACAACACCAGCAGAUGAACCAACAACAGCCCCAACAGGUUCCUAUUGCUGGCAAUCCUAAUCAAGCUAUGGGCAUGCAUGGGCAACAGAUGAGACUUCCUGCUGGCCACCCUCUUAUCCAACAACAGUUGCAACAGCAGCAGUUACAGCAGCAGCAGAAACAGCAGCAACAGGCAGUUCAACAGCACCCACAUCCUCUGGGAGACCCCAAUAGUGGGACAGGGGACUUAGGGGUCCAACAGAUGGUCCCUGAUAUGCAGGCACAGCAGCAGCAAGGCAUGAUGGGCGGCCCUCAGCACAUGCAGAUGGGAAAUGGCCACUUUGCAGGUCAUGGCAUGAACUUUAACUCACAGUUCCCAGGCCAGAUGCCAAUGGGGGCACCCUGUGGACAGCCAGGCGGCUUUCCCGUCAGCAAGGAUGUUACACUGACUAGCCCACUGCUGGUCAACUUGCUGCAGAGCGAUAUCUCAGCCAGCCAGUUUGGGCCAGGUGGAAAACAGGGAGCAGGGGGAGGCAAUCAGACCAAACCCAAAAAAAAGAAACCGGCACGAAAGAAGAAGGCCAAAGAGGGAGAGGGACAACAGCAAGUAGAGGGACUCAGUUCUCUUGAUGUGGCUGCUGGCAUGGAGGAUUCUGAGCUGCCAAAUCUGGGUGGUGAACAGAAUUUGGGCUUAGACAACUCUGGCCCAAAACUCCCUGAUUUUGCCAACAGGCCAGCGGGCUUUCCUGGCCAACCUGGAGACCAGAGAGUAUUGCAGCAGGUACCCAUGCAGUUUAUGCAGCAGCAGCAGCAGCAGCAGCAGCAGCAGCAACAGCAGCAACAACAACAACAACAACAACAACAACAACAACAACAACAACAACAACAACAACAACAACAGCAGCAGCAGCAGCAACAACAACAACAACAGCAACAACAACAGCAAAUUCAGCACAUGCAACAGCAGCAGAUACAACAACAGCAGAUACAGCAACAGCAACAAAUACAACAAAUGCAACAACAGCAAAUACAGCAACAGCAGCAACAACUACAGCAACAACAACAGCAGCAGCAGCAGCAGCAGCAGCAGCAGCAGCAGACGACUCAACAGCCACACCUGCAACAGCAGCAGCAGAUGAUGAUGAUGCUGAAGAUGCAGCAGGAGCAGGCAAAAAAUCGCAUGUCCAUUCCACCAGGAGGCCAGCUCCCUCCUCGGGGCAUGGGCAAUCCACCUGAGGUGCAGAGGCUUCCUGUCUCACAGCAAGGCAACAUGCCUGUAAUGAUCAGUCUUCAAGGACACGGAGGAGUACCACCGUCACCUGACAAAGCCAGAGGGAUGCCCCUGAUGGUGAACCCACAGAUUGCAGGUACUGCACGAAGAAUGUCCCAUCCUGAUGUAGGCCAGGGUCCCCAAGGCACUGGAUCUGAAGAGGCCCCUGCUGGGGCCCACCCAAAACAGGACAGGCCUGGUGGCCCAGAAAUGGGGGUGCAGCCAGGAAAUGGGACCCAACAGAUGAUGCCCAAUCAGGGCUCCAACACUCACAUGAUGAAGCAAGGCCCCGGUCCAUCACCAAUGCCCCCGCACACUGGAGCCAGUCCCCAGCAACAGCUACCCACUCAGCCUCAACAAGGAGGUCCCAUGGCUGGCCUUCAUUUCCCUAAUGUCCCCACAACCUCACAGAGCUCCAGGCCCAAAACCCCCAACAGAGCUAGCCCCAGGCCGUACCACCAUCCCCUCACUCCAACUAAUCGUCCACCCAGUACUGAGCCCUCCGAAAUCAACCUUUCACCUGAGAGGCUAAAUGCCUCAAUUGCAGGGCUGUUUCCUCCCAAAAUCAACAUUCCUCUGCCACCUAGGCAACCUAACCUAAACAGGGGAUUUGAUCAGCAAGGUCUUAACCCAACAACUCUGAAAGCCAUUGGGCAGGCCCCUCCUAGCUUAACUCUAUCAGGCAACAACAACAAUGGCAGUACGGGUGUAAAUAACACUAACAACGGUCAACAGCCUUUCUCUGCUGGCACUGGAGCAGGGGGUGCAGGUGCUAAGCCCGACAAGCCGCCUGGAGGGCAGGGUAAGAGGGCAAGUCCUAGCAAUAGUCGGAGGUCAAGUCCAGCUUCUAGCCGCAAGUCGGCCACCCCAAGUCCAGGAAGACAAAAGGGGACAAAAAUGGCCAUCACGUGCCCUCCCCACCAGCAGCAGUUGGUCAACCCUCAGGGGCAAACCAUGAUGCUAAGCCCUACCUCAGUACCUCCAAGUCCAGUAUCUAUGCCUUCACAAGUGAGUGGGGGCAUGGAGGCACAACAGACUCAGAGCCCCUUCCAUGGGAUACAAGGUAACCCUGCUGAGGGAGUUAGGGAAAGUCAGGGAAUGAUGACAGCAGAGCAGCGACAGAUGCCUCAGCCUCAAACACAGCCUUUGAGGGAGUUAUCGGCCCCGAGAAUGGCAAGUCCUCGUUUCCCUGUGGCUCAGCAGCCUAAACCUGACUUGGAGCUGCAGGCUGGCAGAGGUGAUAGGCAAACGACACAUGCACCUAUGCAGGACUCUGAGGUAUCACUUGCUCUCAGGGCAACUCCAACCUCCCUCAACCAGUUACUGGAUAACACAGGUAUCCCAAACAUGCCUCUUCAGCCUGUACCUGUUAGGGAUGUGAUGGGAAAAGACAGCCCCAAGUCUGCUUUGGAUCCAGACAGACCACUCCACAGUAAUUCCCAGAGUACAGAUGUUUCAGCCUCUGUCUCGACUACUGCCACUAUAAGUGAAUCGGAAGCUAAACCCAGACCUGCUGUUCCAGUCCCCACCAGCAGUCCUAACUUGCAGCCUGCUUCAAUUCCCAGCUCUCACCCUAGCACUGUUUUGAACUCCAAUACUACCCCCAGCCUUAAUCAAAACCCCAUCUCCAGUCUUGGUGUCAGUCCCAGUCCAAAUGUAAACCCAAUAACUACUCUUUGUAACACCCUCAGUACUAACACUAAUACCACCCCGAGUUUAAACCCCAACCCAGUCACUUCUGGUCAGAGCAGUUCUGCCUUAGCUGUUAGUACCAGUUCUAUCUCCAGCUCUGCUCUAAACCCAGCCAGUUCAGCUCUAAAACCAAACCCUAGUCCUAAACCUGUGACAAGUGUUCACUCAGUCAUACAGAUCCCUGCCUCCUCUAGCACCAUUUCCCCCAACCAGAUCACUGUGUUUGUCACCUCCAACCCCAUCACCUCAGCCCCCACUCCCCAGGCACCCACAUCUAUGGUCUCCACCAUGGUGGCUGUCCCUAACAAGAACAUUAGACCUCAGGACAUCCGGCAGCAGACCCCUGUCCCCCGACCUCCUCAGUUUAUUGCCACCACCCCUGUAUUUAUCAACCCAAUUUUCCAGGUCCCGGGUGCACCUGUGGCUCCCAAUACCACAAUGGUAUCACAGUCAGUGACCAUGGUGGGGCCUAUCCAAGUGUCCACUACAAACAUCCAACUCUCUCCUGCCCCAAGCUCCACCCAGUCCUCGGGGGCUAACAUGACCGGCACUCAGCCUGCCAGAAGUGCUGUUGGACAGGUCCAGAUUGCUACUACUAUGUCAUCAUCAGCCCCACUUGGUACUCUCACAACUCCUCAGCAAAUUAACUCAGUGGCUCUCAAAACAGAAAAUGUAGGUGAGGCAAUUUCUGCUCAGAAAGCUAGUCCUCCGGUCCAGCAGCCAUCUCCUCAUCCAAGCCCGUCAGCUUCAUCUCCCUUUCAGCCACCCCUGGCUUCUCCACCUCCCUGCUCUAGUCCUGGGGUUGUAAACACCAUUCGGAAGACCACCAUGUCCCCAUCUCCUGCGGCUCAAGUGAAAAGUAAACCUGCACAGGCUUCUGCAGCUGUUUCUGGUUCAGCUGACUCUCAGCAAAGUCCUGUGGAAAGGCCUGCAGAGGGGCCCACUGUGGCUGUGCCACCGCAGGUCUUUCAUCCUCCUGCUAGUCCUGCCAUUCAGACUGAAGCACCAGCUCCCCAUCAAAGUGCUGUUGCUCCAAACAACAUUACUCCAUCUGCAGUCUCUUCUCCAAUCCCAGUUCCUGGCCAAGUUGCUGUUCCUACUCAGAUUGUUGCCCAGGCUGCAAUUACUGCACCAGCUACAGUAACAAGUCCAGCCCAGCCUAUAACCUCUCAAGCUCCUAUUGUCACAGUAGUUGGCACUACCACAGACGCCGCUUCUGCUACCUUGCUCUCUACGGUCGCUCCUGUACAAAGUCCUGUACCGUCCAUUGUUCCAAUUGCUGCUGCAGCUGGACCUGUGCAGGAGGUUCCCCCGACCACAUCCUCUCCAGUUGCUAACCCCAGCGGAGUUCCACCAGUUCAGUCUGACGCCCCAGUGAUGGAGCCUCCCAUGCCCCCAGCUGCAGCACCUCAUGAAACCACUCAGACCACCCCAGCACCUAUUCCACAAGAAGUCCCACAGUCUCAGGAACCUGUUGCUACCGAGAAGACAGGUGAAGAGGUCUCAACAGGUUCUGAGCAGGGAUGGGCAAAGAAAAGAAAGACGCCCAUCAACUUAGUCCCAAGAGCUGCUGUGGAGAAGCCCAAGGGACCGAGCAGACGCAGCUCCCGGGCAGAGAAGGAGGUGGAGGAGGAGCCAGUAGCAGACAGUGGCAUUAGGAAGAGAUCAGCCAGGCCUGGAACCAGUGCUGCUGUAAAAGAAACUGGAGCGAGCCCCACCCAAGCCAAACGAAGGAAGUCUAAAUAGACACAACUGCAGUUGUGACAACCUGUGAACUGUACUGUAAAUGUUUUUGUUUUCCGCUGUGAAUCAUUUGAUAUCGGUUUCUCUGUCCCAGAUUAUGAAUUUUCAUUGGAAGAGGAAACCUUGUACAGAUUGUUUUAAAAAGAAUUAUGCUAUUGUUUUGUCCAUGCUAUUAUGUGAGAUUGUAGUUAGAAUGUGUGCAUACAGUAUGUGUUUGUGUGAAUGUGCUUUUUAUAUUAAAUGCUGGAUUAAUCAUGUGAAGACUGAUAAUGGAGCUUGUUAUGAUUGUAUAAUUAUGUUGUAAAACUGAAUUAAAUUUUCUACUGCUUUUGUUCCGUGAAACUGAGUAAUAUGAUUCAUGUAUUUUCCCAAGGGCCUAAGCUUUGGUCACAGUUUUUUAAUUCUUCCCAGUACUGUGUUAAACUCCUAGAUUUCUGAGAAGCACUUAGUAGAGGGCGAUGUAAAUAGUCAGGUCUCCUCUCCCUUUACGUGAAGAGAAAUUGAAGUACAGACGGCACCUAAUGCUCACGAACGGAAAUGCAGGUGUGUAGUAGUGAGGUGAAUAGUAGACUGCUCCGACUGAUAUAUUAUUAUUUGUGACAUCAUUAUGUGAUUAAUACUGAAGCAUCAGUGUGUAAGCAGCAUGUUCCUUUUGUAGCUGCUGGAGGGUUGAAGUUUGAUGUACAGUUUUAUACAAAGGGACACCAGAUAAAUACUGAGGUGUGCUA